CCAGUGCAAAACAAAGAUUGUGACUGCAUCUUUCCUGUUAUUAAUAUCAUAUACACUUUAAAUAUAUCAUUGAAGCAUCCGAAAAUUGACAGAAAAAUUACCCAUUUACUGAGAAAAAAUCUAAACGAUAUGUCCUUAAAGUUUCUAUUCAAACUCUGCCUCUUGUGCAAUGCUGCAUUCUGCUUCCAGUUUCAAAAAGACUGCGUAUCCACUCAUGACUUCCAAACCGACCGCAUCGCGACUUCGUGGGCCGUCAGGGUCUGGGCACCGAGGGAGGACACCGACGCACGCAUCCUUACCCUGGUGUCGGAGAAUGACGCGGGACCAUCGCUCAGGAAGAUAGACAUCACGAGAACGGAACUGCACGCGCUCUUCGGGCAAGGAAGUCAUCGGGAGAAGAACAGCAGUCUGCUUCCGGGCGACGGCAUCUCCCCCGGCUGGGCGGAGUUCCGGGUGACGUCGGACUCCAGGUUCAAGGUCUGGGUGGCGGGCGUGGCUGAGCCGCUCGUGGAUGUGGAGGAUGACGUUCGAGCCGAAAGGGUCGUCGUCAGAGGGAGCAACGUCACCGUCAACUGCAGGGAACCGAUGGUUAUUUGGAACGUCACCGAGGACCGAGUGGCCGCCCUCCCUGCGGACGGCCCGGGGCGCUAUGACCUGGCAGUGUUCUCGCGGUCUCCUUCGUCGCCCGUCCUGACGCUCGGGGACCAGACGCGAGUGCUCAGCUGGGACCCGGAGGCCAACAUGGUCACGACUUUCACCUCGGAACCACGGGCGUUGCCUGCUUUCAUCCAGCACAAUUUUACCGUAGAAUGUAGUCAAGCUGAGAACCACUUCAAAUGUGAUUUGCUGGCCGGACAGAAUGAAACCGUUGUCGGCUCUGUCUCUCUUCCACACGGGAUGAACGCGUUUUCCAUUCACGGGAAUCGUGCAGAAAAUUUCAUCGUUAUCCUUCGAUACAUCAAAGACGAGGAAGCCAUGGACGGAAACAGCAACAGUUCGCCCGAGGAAGAAGUCGUCUCUCGAAGCUACUUGUUCUAUGAGCGCGUUCUCCAAUAUUGUCCGUUGUUCUUGAAUGCUCUUCUGGCAGUGGUCGUCGCUAUGAUUUAUGUGAAGAACAAGAAGCUAAAGAUGGUCAUUGAUACGUUAAAGAACCAGUCACCAGGUAUCAAGGAAAUGCCGCAGGAACCAAGUUUUUGGAGGAGACUGUGCCGGGAAUUUCUGAAUCUGUUCAAGAAUGGGAAACGCAAAAAAUCCGGAAAUUCCCCGGCGACCAAACCUCCAGAGGAAAAGCCCCUGAAUGCCGACGAUGCAGGCGAGGGCGACGGUGCUGCUGACGGCGACGGCGGCGGGCAUCGGAGUGCCAGCCAUGAGCAAUGAGUGCCUGCAUUUUACCUUCUAUGGAAACAUGCAACCACAUAUGAUUAUAAUCAUAUAGGCACAUACCCAAACACACCGUUCGCACAUAUUAGGAGCUAUGCACACACACACACACACACACACACACACACACACACACACACACACACACACACACACACACACACACACACACACACACACACACACAUUUACGUGCAAAUGCAUAAGCAAACACAGAUAAAACACAUAUGUACACCGACAAUCUAACCAAAAAAAUACAUGUGAAUUAGUUAGGUAAAAUGUGCUAACUUACUUUUAUAUGAACUCUAUGCAAUGAGCCAGCAAGUGAUGCCAUGCAAGAAUUCUAAAGGUUCUAGGGACAUCGUCAGCUGAUGCCUCAUUUAAUGAGAUGCCGGAGAACCCAAAGCUUAAAGAGUGGCCUCAGUCCGGUACUCGAAGUCGGAGGAGUAAUUGUAGUGUAUGUAAUAUCAAACUAGUGAAGAUUUUAUUUUUAUUUUAUGCAUCUAUUAUAUUUACGCGCUCGCACACACACACACACACACACACACACACACACACACACACACACACA